GCUGUGCCGAGUGUCGUAAUGAAGGUGACCGUGACGUUCGGGCAAACCGGUGUGGUGGUGCCCUGCAAGCAGGGCUGGACAGUGAGGGACCUCAUCCAACAAGCCACGCAGAGAUAUAGAAAACUCCUGGAACAGGAGGGGGCUUUCCUGGUUCGCACUCACCAUGUAGAAUAUUGUGAUGGGGGUAUUUUGGACCCUGAUGAUAUACUCAGUGAUCUGGUAGAAGACAAAGACAAGCUGAUGGCGGUGUAUGAAGAGCAGGAAGCCCAGCAGAGAGGUACAGCUCACACAAGCCUAGCCCCCAGCCCUGACCUCUACCAGUCUGAGCUGUCAGUCUUCCAGCCAAUCGCAGGAGGAGAGAUUGAAGUCAAUUCCUCAGCCCUCAAGUCGAAUACCCCUCUGUUGGUGAGAAGCAGCAGUGACUCAGCCCUUGGUCUACAGCUGACAGAGACUGAAGCCUCUCUGAAUGAAGGCAACACUAUGAUGGUGGCCGAUCCUGCUGUGGAGAGGCCUGCAGCGGUGGACCGAGCUCAAGGCAAACACACAAUCAGUGGCAGCCUGACCAGAAUAGUGGAGAUCCUUGGAGAAGACAGUCCCCUGGGAAUCCACGUGGUCCCUUACUGCUCAUCACUCAGUGGCCGGUCUCUUGGCCUGUAUAUCCGUGGUGUGGAGGAGGCGAGUCGCUCGAGAAGGGAGGGCUUGUUUCAGGAGGACGAGUGCAUUGUCAAGAUCAACAACACUGAACUCAUGGACAAGACGUUUAGCCAAGCCCAGGAAGUGUUUCGCCAGGCGAUGCAUUCUUCAGUUGUCCGCCUGGAAGUUGUUCCCCCGUCCAAUAAAGAGCGCUAUGAAAAGAGUGUGAUUGGUCAGGUACUUAUCGACAGCGCCGGUCCCAAUCAUAGUCCUCGUAGCACCAAGACCAAAGAUCCGCCACCGCCUAUCAAAGCCAAACCUGUGUUUAGGCCCUCUGAGAAUCCAGCCACUCGACUGACGGAGGACGCUGCCAAUUUGGAGGCUCCUGGCAGUGUCUCAAAGGCUAGGAGUGAAAGCCCACUGCUUAAGAAAAAUACUGGCCUGUCCGGCUUGGUGACCACCAAGAGAGGGGGACGAAGACUGAGGAUAGACCUUAGGAAAGGUCCAGAGGGUCUUGGUUUUACUGUGGUAACCAGAGAUUCUUCACUACACGGUCCCGGUCCUAUUCUAGUCAAAAACAUUCUGCCUCGUGGCGCCGCUGUCAAGGAUGGGCGCCUGCAGUCUGGAGACCGCAUACUCGAAGUGAACGGUGUGGAUAUCACAGGCGUGGGCCAAGAGGAGCUGGUGUGUAUGCUGCGUGGCACACGACAGGGAGAGAGCGUGUUUCUCGUGGUUCUACGGCAGGAAGACAUGUUCCUGCCCAGAGAGAUGAAGGAGGAGGCACCCCGUGUUCCAGGCUUUGUUUGUGAGAAUGGAAAGGAGCAGCUCAUGUUUGAAAUCCCCCUCAACGACACCGGCUCGGCGGGACUGGGCGUCAGCCUCAAGGGGAACAAAUCCAGGGAGACGGGAGAGGAUCUGGGAAUUUUCAUCAAAUCAAUUAUACAUGGAGGGGCUGCGUACAAGGACGGGCGGCUGUGUAUCAACGACCAGCUGGUGGCGGUGAACGGGGAAUCGCUGCUGGGACACUCCAACCACGUGGCCAUGGAAACGCUCCGUCGCUCCAUGUCGCAGGAAGGAAACGCGAGAGGGACCAUCCAGUUAGUGGUGCUGAGGGUUUUGAAGGAUCAGCAUGGCCUGUCGCCCAGCCGCUCCUUGGAUGACUCUUCUGCUACGAUGGGAUUGAUGAACUCGGUGAAUAAUCCGCCAGGACUGGUCAGUCGCGCCAACGGCCUCGUUCACCCGGCCGCGGUCACCAACUCUCUCUACUCCUCUGACGGGACCAAUGGGAGUUAUUCUCACAUGGACGAGGAGGAGGAGGAGGAGGAAGAGCUUUAUGGACACGAGGAGUUCAGCAGCAUUUCUCAGCAUUCCUACCUUCUGGAGAGGGAAAACUCUCAGACGUCUCGAACGGCUCAGCCCCAGGCCUCCAGUCAAAGCCAGCGGCAGUUCCAGCACGUUAAAGCCUCCAAAAGCAUGGACCUGGGUACGACUCAGAACCAGCAGCACACCGUGGCAGACGAGAGCAACGUAGGAUCCCUGGUUGGACACAGUGCAGUGCCGUCAUCUCCUAUAGAGCUGGGCCCGACCCUUGGCUUAAAGAAGUCCAGCUCGUUGGAGAGUCUCCAGACGGCCAUGUCAGAGAUCAACAGGAAGAAUGAGCUCCUCCCCUUCCACCGCCCUCGUCCAAAUAUGGUCAGGGGCCGAGGCUGCAACGAGAGCUUCAGGGCCGCGAUCGAUAAGUCCUACGAUGGGCCGGCCGAAGACGACGAUGACGAUGGUUCGGAUCUGAGCUCAGGACGGGAAACUCCAGCAAGCAGUUCAUCCCGCCAGGGAGUCGGCGAUCAGAUGGAGGAGAAAGGCAAAAAAGACAAGAAAAAGAAAGCUAAAGCAAAGAAGAAAGAAAAGAGCAAGGUGAAAGGAAAGGAGAAAAAGAAAGUGGAGGAGCCUGAAGAAACGGAGAAGAAGAAGAAAAUAGGCUUCGGCCUGCUGCGGUUUGGAAAGAAAAAAGAAGAGAAGAAGGAGGCGAAGGAAGCGAAGGCAGCUCUGCAGCGACAAAAGUCAGGAGUUCUGAGCGACCACGAGUUCGAGAGGAUGAAAGAGGAAAGACAGCGAAUCGAGGCCGUGCACCCUGAGCUGCGGGACCACGGGUCCAGAGAGCCGCGCGGUGGUGGGGCCGCGUACCCGAACGUGGAGGACGACGACGCGGAUCCCAACUAUGCGCGAAUACAAUCCUUCAGGGACAGAGACGUGGGUCCGGCGCCCCGGCCGCUGUCUCAGUCACCGCCCUACAGCACGGUCCAGCGCACGCCUUCUCCCCAAGGCCCGUCCGCCUUUCCAGGACCGGGCAAUUAUGCCAAUGGUCCCGGUGUCCACCCUGACGAUGACCCGCUCGAUCGGUUGUAUGCCAAGGUCAACAAACCAAGGGCAGCUGGUACCACGUCUCCUCCUGCUCCCGUUGCCCCAAAUGACAGCUGUGUGGACAGGAUCCAGCUCUUAAGGAGAGAGUACCAGCAGGCACGGAGAGAAGGUAUGGUGCCACCCUAUGAAGAACUGGACCCACGGCGAAGAGGACAUGACAACGACACACACAUGAUGCCAGGCAGAGGGGUGGAUCCUCGGAUGGCGCCGCGUUAUGAAGAGGUGGAGCGUCAGUACGCUUCCUUGCCGAGACGCGGCCCUCUGGACCCAGCUGAUUACCCCAUGCAGCCCUGGCCUGGCCACUACCCAGCACCAACCCAGGCCCCACAGGGAUACCCUCACUCCCCCUCCUACCCUAACCCCAAAGCCCCGGCGGCUCCAUCGUACUCUGGCUACACACCCGGCCAGCCGUACCCACGGCCGGCGGACCCCCGGGGCGUCGAGCCCGGCUACUACCUGCACCCAGGUUCGCAGCAGAGAGGCCCUUUGCGGCAGGACGUGCCCCCGUCUCCCACCCCUCCCCUUCGUGGAUUACGGUACGACACUAUGACACGUGGGACUGGAGGCUACAGGUAGACGGCGUAUCUGGACGCAGGCCAUCUCAGGCAGCUGCUGGAUUCCAGUCCAGACCAAUAUGGCUGAACUGUGGGUGGAGGAAGACAGCUACGACCAAACCAAGACAGAGGAAUGCCCCGACUGCAGCUGUGAAGACAAAAACAAGCCAAGGGUGGAGCUCCUCUACGUUCGGUACUCCAACGUCACCUUGUGCAAAAAAGAUUUCAGCUCCCAAACAGUGUCUGCACUGUCUGAAGUGCAUUGUGAUGAGCUGAAGGACGGUAAAGGAUUCUGGCCGUGACAGAUGAGUUUGUCCCUUUUGGAAUCGACCAUGCACCCAAAACUAUCUGGAUUCAUUUAAAUAAAGCCACUAAAGAUUAAAGCCAACUCUGCUCCACCUACAACAUAAACAUAAAUAAUAUAAUCGUGGCAACUAUAACGAGUUACAGGAUUAUCAUGUUAACUUUUGUUAUGUGAUCACUAACUUGUCUUUCAUGGUUAUUGCUUUUACUAUUAUUUAUUAUAUUAUCCAAACUUACAUUUGACAUCUAAUACACAGAAAGUUCAGCUGUAGAGGAAGUCAAACAGAGCGUGUGUUGUAAGUCUGAAGAUCACCUUUUGCUCUUGUGAGAGCUGCUAAACAAUAAUUACUAAAUCUACAGGUUUAUAGCUAUUGUUUGUCUCAGUUUGUCAGCGUAGAUCACCUCUGCACCACUGCAAGCACACUCUGUCCUUAGGUUAAUGUUUGAUGUUCAACUUUUGUGAAUUAUGGAAACAUGUAUAGAACUGUUAACCACUUUAUGAAUUGUAAUAAUAUGCUUUUUAUCCAAACACUUCUCUGAGCAGGAACUAGAUACAUUUUAGGGUAGGAAUGAUCUAAAACGCUGAAAUUGUGCCUGAGUUAAAAAAAUUCCAGGAUUUUUAGACUUCUUUGAAUAAUUCACCUUAUUUAAAAUGACCUUUGACUGAAUGUAUGUAAAACCUUAUUGAUUGCGUUUCACCAGCCACCUGUAUUUCAUCCAUGGAUGCAAGCGUGUCCUGGUUACUCCAGCAUGACUGGAGCUUCUGCUCACGUUUUAUUGUGUUUGACAUCCAGUUCAGUGAACCUAUUGCUCAACCACCAAUUACAAAGGUUCAUUCCAAUGCUAACGUUCACCUAUGAGCAGUAUUGGUUUCAAAGCGUGUACAGUAAAUGGCUGAAGUAUUGGGACAAAGUACAUAUUGUGAUAAUGGUGCAUGAACAUAAAGCUGCAAUACACAUAAUAAUAGAACGUUUUAAAGCUGGAGCUUUAGGUUAAAGGUUUUUGGAAAUGUUAAAUAUAAAAAUACAAAAAAAAAACAAAAAAAUAGUGAUGUGGGAAACGGGCAAAUGAGCGGCUCUGGUGGAGCAGUUGGUGUCAUAUAAUAUAUCAAAGCGCUGCAGCGCGCUGUCCGUUCCCAGUGCUUGUGCUUGUAUUGCUUUUAAGCGCAGAGUAGAUUCAAGCCCCUCGCGUGGACCAGGCAGAGCGGGCUCUUCAUCUUCAGGCAGGUGUUUAAAUGAUCGCUUGUGCGGCUAACAGCCUUUUUUCCUCCGCGCCCUGCGUUUUGGGGCGUUAAGGGUGUUCGCCGCGCGCCCCCCCGUGAACCGGCGGCGUGGGCACGGUGUCGCGCUGAAGAGCUCGCGUGAAACGUGAACCGGGCUCCGAAGCGCUGCUCUCAGCGCCGCACCGCAGCGCGCAUCCAUUUAGCCACUCACCAAACCAUCAAUUAAGUGUAACCAAGAGUCGGAGCCUGGCUCUGCGUUUCUGUGCCUGGUUUCACAAGGCUCAGCAGUAUUAUUUUCAAGGGAUAUUAGAUGUUUAAAAUGACAUUUCAGGAUUUGGUGACUUAUAUUUCUGUUAAUUGGACUGAGGAUGAAAUAGCACUUCAGUGACGGCUGAGAGUAAUUUGACUGAAGCCCACGGAAAACAAUGUGAAUCAGAUGUCUCUAAGCCCAUGUUGUUGACUGGAAAGGAGCGCAGAUUAGAAGGGGAACGAAAGGACUCAGCGAAUGGAAGGAGGAGACGGAUGUGUGGAAGAAUGAAAGGAAUGUGGAAAGGAAAGGUGCCGGCGAAGAGGAAUUAGACGUAGUAGUGAUAGAUUGAAGGCAUCGAUCGAGGCAGCUGGAAGGAAUGGUUAAAAAGAUGCAGUGACCUCAACUCCUCGGCGGUUCAAACUGGCCUCGUUUGAACGGAGAAGAGCGUCGUGAAGGAGGAGAGCUGAGGCAAACUGGGAGGCGGUUGUUGUGUUGUAGGAGGAGGGUUACGGGAGUGGGCUCGACUCGACUGAACGUAGUGGCGCUGGGAGUUACUCGCCAAUAUUCAUCCUUAUUCUGUGAUCGCGAGCUGCAAAACAUUAUUUCACGCGGUGUUACUGGCAGUCGUGGUCAGCGGUGACAUGAGGGUAAAAUGAUUCAUGGCCCCUUUGGGUCGUUUUCUCUCAUGUCAUGAAGGAGCUUCGCCUCAGUCUCAGUUUAAUGCAGCUUUGAUCAAAACAGAACAUUAAUAAUAAUAAUAAUCCAUAUUGCUGAUUUUAAUUGCCAAAGGCCUGUUUUAUUACAUUAGAGGAUCCAGAGAAAACGAUCCACUGGGGUCAAACAAAUGUUUCAAUGGCAUCAACCCAGAAAUCUCCUAAAUAUUCUUUAGACACAAGCAGUGAUGGAAGGCGUCCUCAAAGCUGUGCCUGUUCGGAUGUUUUAUUGUAACUCCUCUGAUAUUAUCUAACACUUAACUUGUGUGUAUCUCUGUUCACCAGCAUUUGUUGUGUCUGUAUUUCUCUGAUGAUCGUUGGAUGAACUGCAGCAGAGCGUUUGGCUACAGUUACCAUGCUACCGCCAGAGAGAGGUACGCUCCAUAAGCUGACUCACAGUAUUUACCCACAAUUCAUUUCAGCUUUCUCUAUGUCAUUUUAAAAAGCACAUCCUCCGUUUCCGCGUUUGAGAAACCGAGGCUGAAAACACUCUGACUCUCUGUGUGGUGUGUGUAAAUGUGUCAAAUGCCCUGUGAUUUUUUUUAUUUGUUCAUCAUUGCACAAGUUGAAGGUACUAACCAGUUUUCUGGACUUUGCCGAGAGCCGUGCGUGAAAGAACCAACUAAAUAACCUCUUUCUCACAGAACUAUACGAUUUGAACACAACAAAUAUAUCUUGUUUUAUAAUGUAACGACAGCAAUGAUUACUUUUAUCAAUUUCCUACAUUUUGUAUUUAUGUAUAGAAAAGCUUUUUACAUUAAAAUCAUUUCAAAAAACAA